GUCACGCUUUGUUGAUAUGAGUGUCAGUUGGUUUCAGUUUUGUCAACAGAAUGAUCGUGCCUCAUAUCGCUUUGAAAGUGUUUUUUGUGAUUUUUUGUUCAAGUUUUGCAUGCGGUGAAUAUUGGACCUAUGAUUGUCUAAAACAAGAGCACAAAUGUAAACGUAUUCGAUUAGAGGAUGGAAUAACCGCAGUGAGUUUGGCUGUAUGUCGGCUAUUUUGUGAUGAAAAUCCGGGGACUCUGUGGCCUCGAGUCAAUGGCAAAAUAAGAUUGGAACAAUCGUUGACUACACUCAAUCUAACGAAGAUUCAAUUCACUGUUCAUAGCAAAAGUGAUAAGAAUGAUCAAUUUUGGCGGAUCAAUGAGGAACGUUUGCGCAAACAAAUAUCACGAAAAGUGCCGCAUUCAUCGAGCCUAACAGAGGGUGGCAAUCUUUUGAAAAUCUUAGUUAACGUUGAUAACGAAGAUACAAAAUUAGGCCUAGACACAAAUGAACAUUAUCAAAUCCGAACCAGCAAAGAAGGAAACGGAGAUAUUGUGGCAAAUAUUACAGCUGAAACCAUUUUCGGCGCUCGUCACGCAUUUGAAACCAUUUCACAGUUAAUUGUUUUCGAUGAUAUUCGAGGGGAACUACAGAUUGUUGACGAUUUUGAAGUUGAUGAUAAACCGGCUUAUCCACAUCGGGGAUUUUUACUCGAUACCGUUCGCAAUUAUUAUCCAGUUGAAGCAAUUAAACGGACCAUCGAUAGUAUGGCAAUGGUCAAACUAAACGUAUUUCAUUGGCACAUAAGUGAUUCACAGAGUUUCCCUAUGAUGUUGAAGUCUCAUCCGGAAAUGUCGGAAAUUGGCGCUUACUCUGCUGAAAAGGUGUACACCAUUGAGAAUAUUAAGGAUAUCUACGAAUACGCAUACACGCGAGGUGUUUUAUUGUUACCAGAAUUCGAUGCGCCGGCUCACGUUGGCGAGGGUUGGCAAACGAAGAAUGCGACGAGUUGCUUUGAUAUGGAUCCAUGGGAGAAUUUCUGUACUGAGCCAGCAUGUGGUCAACUUGAUCCAACCAAGGACCACAUGUAUGACAUCCUCGAAGAUAUUUAUCGUGAAAUGUAUGACGCAUUCGGUAAACCAGACCGCUUUCAUAUGGGCGGUGAUGAAGUGCAUGAAGAAUGUUGGACGGUUAGCAACGACAUUCGCAAUUGGAUUCAUGAACAUGGUUUGGAAUUGAAUACGAGUGGGCUUAUGGAGCUCUGGGGCUAUUUCCAACAAAAGGCCUUGGAACGAUUGAAAAGGGUCACUGGAAAUGAUAUUCCAGCGAUUGUAUGGAGCAGUACAUUGACCGGCAAGGACUAUGUCGAAAAGCAUCUUAACAAACAAAAGUAUAUCAUUCAGUUUUGGAGGCAAAAAAAUGAGUCGGCCAUUACGGAUUUGCUUGAAAAAGGCUAUAGGCUUAUUCUAUCGAACUACGACAAUUUUUACCUCGACUGUGGAUUUGGUCAUUGGAUGAGAGAAGGAAAUAAUUGGUGUUCACCGUAUAAAGAUUGGAAAAAAGUGUACAGCAAUGACUUUCGAUACUUCGAUGCGAAAUAUCGAUCGCAGUUUUUGGGUGGUGAAGCUGCUCUUUGGUCUGAGCAAGUCGAUCAUUUAUCGGUAGAUGGAAGAACGUGGCCUCGUCUCAGCGCUUUGGCUGAACGAUUGUGGACUGAUCCAACAACGGGUUGGCAACAAGCCAUCUCUCGAAUGUUAAUUCAUCGAGAACGUUUGGUAGAAAAUGGAAUCGCUGCCGAGACUCUGGUGCCACAUUGGUGUCUUCAGCAUCAAGGGAAAUGUAUUAUGAAAUAAAUUGAAAUGUGAAUUGUGUUUUAUCUAUAUAAAGGCUCCCCAUUGAUAGUCAAACGGGUCGAAUAAUAGCUCAAUAAAUUGGAAAUCACUUGUAAA